AAUCAAGUUCACAGAGCCUUGACAAUAUCGCGAGUCCACAUCCCGUACGCGACCUUUGUGUUGGAAAAUGUGAGCGUGUUUUCCAGCUUUUGGAAGCCCCGGUGGCCCUUACGAAAUCACGGGUGCUGGAGAUGCAGGAGAGCCAUGGAGAUGCGGCCUCUGUGUCUGCAGCCAGCAGACUGCGGGAGAUGGCCUGAAGGAGCAUCAGAUAAUCCAGUCUCCGUGGCGGAGGUUCCUGCGGGACAGCAGCGGGGCUCCCGCUCGCCUCCCAGAGUUUUCCCGUUUCCCCCUUGCGCCUGGUGGAUGUACCAGAAAUAGGAGCAGUUGACCUUCCGCGACGUGGCCGUUGACUUCUCUCCGGAUGAGUGGGAAUGCCUGGACCCUCCUCAGCAGAGGCUGUAUAGGGAUGUGAUGGUAGAGAACUACAGAAACCUGGUCUCUGUGGCUCUUUCUCAUCAUUGUACCCAGAACUUUUCACCAGAGCAGAUCCUGAAAUAUUCCUUCACAGAAGUGACUAAUGGAAGUUAUAGCCUUCAGCAUUUAUACUUAAGGGAAGAUUGUGCAAAUGUAGGUGGGAAUAAAGCAGCAGCCUGCCAUGGUAGACAUAAGCAAUGUCUGAUCACAAGCAAUACCAAAGACAACAGAAAUCAAGAACAGAAAACAGCUCUGAAAAAACCUCAUGCAAGGACAGAUACUUUUGAUGAGCCAUGUGUCUAUAACUGUAAAUAUCCACAGGAAAUUUUUCAACAUGACUUAACUUUGAAAGAAAGUUGGGAAGAUCUGAUAGAUAGAUUAAUUUUUCACUCAAGCAAUUUCAUAGACAAAGAAUUAAGAAACAGAGGACCGAUCUCUAAAAGUGAUCAAGUCGAGUCUUCCUAUCCUGGAAGAGCCAUACUCUUCAGUCAGCAAAUACCAGUCUCCUGUGGCCAAAAGCACAAUACUAAUGAUUGUGGAUUGCCUGCUACUGAUCCAUUAUUGCAUAGCCAAAAUCUAGAUACAGAUAUUUGGGAAACCCCUUACAUGUAUAAGGAAAUUAGCAAAGGUUUUAGUAGUGGAUCUUUACUAAAUAGUUGCAAUGAUGUGGUUAUCUUAGAGAAAUCUGGUCAGCGUGACAAAGUACAGAAUGACUUUGACCAUUGCUUGAGUCCCAACAACCAUCAAUGUAAUCUUCCAAAGAAGCUUUUCAAUUGUGAUAAUUUCUUUACUCAAUGUUCAAAGCUUACUAUCCAGCAGUGUAACUAUAUUCAAGAUAAUCAUUACAAGAGUAUAGAUUGUGACACAAUGUUUAAUAAAACUUUAAACGUUACUAGGCGUAAAAUUCAGCAUUCCAAGAAAUCCUACAAAUGUAAUGAAUGUGGCAAAGCCUUUAAAUAUUGCUCAAGUUACAGAAAACACAGCAUAAUUCACACAGGAGAGAAACCCUACAAAUGUAAAUUAUGUGGAAAAUCCUUUACCCAGUGUGCAAGCCUUAAAAAACAUCAGAGAAUCCACACUGGAGAGAAACCCUACAGGUGUGAAGAAUGUGGCAGAAGCUUUAACCACUACUCAAUUCUUGGUCAGCACCAGAGGAUUCACACAGGAGAGAAACCCUACAAGUGUAAACAGUGUGGCAAGUCCUUUACUCAGUGUUCAAGCCUUCAGAAACACCAAGUAAUCCACACUGGAGAGAAGCCCUACAGAUGUGCAGAAUGUGGCAAAUCUUUUACCCAAAACUCAACACUUAGUCAACACCAGAGAAUUCAUACUGGAGAGAAACCUUACAAAUGUGAAGAGUGUGGAAAGGCCUUUACCCAAUGUUCAAGCCUUAGAAAACAUCAGAGAAUUCACACUGGAGAGAAACCCUACAAAUGUGAAGUAUGUGGCAGAGCCUUUAACUGCCGCUCAUCUUUUACUAAACACAAGAGAAUUCACACAGGAGAGAAACCUUACAAAUGUAAAGACUGUGACAAAGCUUUUAUCCACUGCACAAAUCUUAUUCAACACCAGAGAAUCCAUACAGGAGAGAAACCAUACAAAUGUAAUGAAUGUGGGAAAUCCUUUAGUCAAUGUUCAAACCUUAGAAAGCAUGAGAGAAUUCAUACAUGAAAAAAACUAGCAAAUGUCAAGAAUCUAGUAAAUCUUUGAUCCAUAGUCAAAAACUUGUGUAAUGUCCUCUAAUUCAAACUGGGGGGAGUCCUACAGAGGUAGUGAAUGUAACAAAGUCUGACUUAUUUACAGGUCACUAUCAGAGAACUAAUUGUUCCUUGGGAGAAACCCUACAAAUCUGAAAAAUGCCAAAUUCUGAAGGUUUAAAAUCCUUUACCAGACACCACAGAAUUCACUUUAGAAACACAAAUGAUUUUUUUAAUGUGGAAAAAAAUUAAUUGUUGGCCAUCUCUUACUAAACUUUGAAUUCACGCAUGAGACAAAAACUGGCAAAUGUGCACAACUGGACAGUUAUUUAUAGCUCUUCAGCUUUCACUAAAUACAGAAAAUCACACACGAGACAAACCCUACAAGUGUAGAAAAAGUGAAACUUUUACCAUUUUGCAUACCUUAACCCCUGAGUUUAUACUAGAAUGAAACACUGCAAACAUAACUGUUUCAAAGCCUUUACAUCAAGGCACAAAGCUAUUUAACAUCAGAGAACACAGUAAAAAUUUCAAUUUUGUCCCAAGUGCACAACUCAAAGAACAGUAUAAUAUUUGUUCUGUGCAAGCAUAAGUGUAAUAGAAGACCUUGAUUAACAUACAGGCUCUUAAUAUAAUUGAUAUAUAGAAGUCUUCAAGUAUAAAUGUUCUAAAACCUUUAUCUUUGGCUUAAAGUUUACACUAUUAAUUCUGGUAGAAAUUGGUUCUCAAAGCUCUCCUGGAAUACCAUCAAUAACUCAUUCUCAAAACCUAUGAUUGUAUCACAUAUUAAAAGUUUCUAAAUGUGCUCACCCAGGGAAAUGAGAAAGCACCAAAAAGCAUCAGAAGAACAAGACUCAUAAUAAGUGCUUGUGAAGAGUGUUUUUCUGAAGACUGGACAGUGUAUUUUUCUUAUCCAAGAGAGAGUGCUAGAUGACAAAUAUUACUAAUGAAUUCGUGGGCAAUGAAGGGAUUCUAUUAAUCAUUCACUCCUAGGAUCUUUAAGUGAUCUUUCCUAAAUUGGCAUGAUGUGGCAGGCUGAGAGGUUUCAGAAUAUUUGUGAACUGAGACUGCCACCUGCCCAGAAUAGGAGGGAGGAAAAAUACCCUUGAGGUUCUCUUACAGUGCCAGCCUCUAAUUGUGACAAGCUUCCAAUACAGCCACCACUUGCUGAACACCCAGUCCCUGUUAGACAAAGUAAACACCACAUGCCAAGAAUGAGCAAUCCAGAGGUCUUGGUGUUUCUUGAACAGACUGAAGGGUGGUACCAAGGCAGCAGCACAAUAUAAAAGUUUCUGUUGGUAUCAUCUGAAGUCAGCCUGGUGGAACACAGGCUCAGUCCACUGCCAGAUAGGCAUAUGACCGUUCUGUGUUGGUCCCACGUGCAAGAUUACCGAACCAGGAGGGCACAUGUGCUCCACAGGGUUCACACGGGAAGGAUCCCAGGGCUGCAUAAGCACCUGUGAUUUGACCACAUUAGCCCAGGUAGUUUUGCAUAGGUGAAAGGGAGAGCUUGUUUGAAGUGUAAAAGGCCACCUGCUUGAAGCUUCAACUGACCUUUUUGCACAGCAAUGCAGCGGGCAUCAGAGUUGUUAGUUUUUCCAUCUAGGGAGGGGAGGAUCAGUCAUCUAAACCCUAAUGAGUGGUGUGCAGAAUCGGGCUAGGUUAAGUGGUUGGAUGUGGAAGUUAAUGUGUUUAUUUGUUAAGACCAAAAGGAUCUUGACCUGAACCUCAAGAUUUGUGGUGUCCCAAGUGGUGCUUAGUCUAUGUUGGGACACUGGAUAUGAGACCUAGCCUGAAUAGACAGAAGUUGGGGUGUAUGGAGGGGAAUUUAAACAGAGUGAGCCAGGCUUACCCUGGGUGAAGAGUUUGUAGGAUAUGGUUGGCCAAAGAGGUUGGAUGUAACAUGAGAAGGGACUCUAGUUUGGAAAUAAGUAGCAGGAGUUGUCCAGGUUUUGAAGUUUUCUGGCUUAGAGCUCUUCUGGCCUGCCCCGCCCCCUGCUUCCUGAGUGUUGAGCCAGCUUCUUGUUCCUGUUGUUGUGCCUUUCCUGACAAAGCAGACCACGCCUGAAAUUAUAAGCCAAAAGAAAUUAUUUCUCCCAUAAAUUGCUUUUAUCUGGAAACUGCAUCACAGCAACACAAACUAAUGGGGCCCUCAGGUUAAGCAUCCAGAGCAAACAGUUCAAAGACAUUUGCCCUUUUAACAAAAAAAAAAAAGUUUUCAUUAUUCAUAAAUAGGAAUAGCAUCCAUGAUAAAUGAAGUGCAGGUGGACUCGACCCUUUAAAGUUGCAAAGGUUGAGAAAUUUACUUGCGUGGGUUCACAGGGUGGGUAGAGUCCUCUGCCUGUGAUUCCUGCUAAUUAGAAUUUAGCUGAAAUGUAAGUGAAUCUGUCAGCCUCAGUUCUAAUGGGGAUGGGCAUAUGUGUCCUCAGUGGGUAUUUUCCAUUGCUUUCUCUGGCAUCAGAAACAAUGAAAGCGAUGUACAAAAUCAUUGGAAGGGCUAGAGUAGUGGUGUGAAAAUUGUGAAGUCUCGUUUAGCUGUAGAGGUUGGCUUUGUGGUUUUUUGUUUUUGUUUUUUGUAGUGUAUGAGUGUGGCGUGCAUGUAUGUGUAUGCAUUGCGCAUGUGUGUGGCACCCACAAAAGUUGAAAGGGACUGUUCCAUAC